CACUAUCAGAGCAACUGUUGAAAUUAAAAUCAGAACUUUCAACUGAAGAAGCUCAUACUAUUUAAUAAAUGGGAUUAUUUCAGUAUCUCCAUCAUUAAGUGAAACACAUACAGAUUAAUUCCACAGAUGGAUGUUUUAAAGCCUUCAUUUCUGUUAAUUAUGAUGAUGUUCUGCUUCCAGCCAAUGAAAACAUGAUAUUUAAGGUUAAAACAUUACAUCAGACAAAUAAAAUACAUUUUAACACACAUAUAUGGGUUUAAUGAAAAGUCUGUUUAAUUCCUGCUUGUAAAGACCUGCUGAAGAGGAAAGAACAAGUCAACUGGCCUAAAGAGAAACAUUUAAUGGACCUGAUGAAAGUCAGAUUGUUCUUUUGGGUCUGAGGGCUGCAGACAGUUUGUCAGACGACCCCCAAACACUGAACCGAAGCCACAGUCCACUCUGAAGACAGUGAAGCACGGUGGUGCAAGCAUCAUGAUGUAGGCGUGGUUCUCUUCCUGUGGUGCCGGGUCCAUUUAUCAACAAGGGAUCACGGAUCAACGGUUUGCAAAUAUCAACAUACUUGGAAGAGGUCAUGUUGCCUGAUGCCGAAGAGUAAAUGCCCGUGAAAUGAGUGUUUCAACAAGACAACAACCACAAACACACCAGGAAGAAUGCAUCUUGGUUCCAGAUCAACAAAAGUUCUGGAGUGGCCGGCCCAAUCACCGGACCUUAAUCCCAUUGAAAACUUGUGAGCUGACAUCAAAAAUGCUGUUUUUGAGCCAAAACCAAGAAAUGCAGAGAAAUUGUGGAAUGUUGUCCAAUCAUCUCCUGCUGGACAACCUGCUCACAGGCACCAGAACCGGGUCGAUGCCAGGCAACACAGAUGUGAAGCAGUUUUCAGAACCACUGAACUAAAUAUUAACUUAGUGAUUGACAGGAUGAUAAAUCCUCAAGAUUUUUCAGUUUAUACAGUAAAUACUUGAGUUUGUAAAGAAAAAUGCAGACACUGUUAUUAUGUUGAACCAAGUCAUUAAAAGAUUUAUUCAUUUUUCUUCCUGGUUUGAUAUUAAAUAUGAUGUGCAGAGUUCCUGAUGCAUGGAAAUAAGAACUACUGUGAGGAUUUUGAGCUUUACUCACGUUUUUAAACACUGCAGCUGUAAGAGGAAACAACAGGUCAGCCAGGCUGAAGAAAACAACUCAAGUGUUGGAUUCAGGGUCAGGCUGCAGCUAUAAAUACCUUCUCAGAAGGAACUAGAAACACCAAGAGGCAGUUAUGACACACCUGUUUUAAGAAAUAUGCGCUGAGAAAGCAAUCAUAAUAGCUCCGCCCACUCUCUAACCAAAAAUACAAACAGGAAGCAGCUUUUCCUUUCCUGCUCUGCCAGGAGACAGACACCAAGAAAACAACUAAAAGCUUUAACUUCAACAACAGAAACUUAAAAUGGGAACACCGGGAUUACUGAACUACUAGAUUGCAUCCAAUUCAACCGGCUGCAGAGCUGAAACUACAAUCUGUGAGAGCUCAACUGAAAGUGAAAGUACCUCCUGAACCAUCCUGCGGACCGGCUGACCUCUCAAGGAGCUUGCUGUGGUUUCAACCUUAUUCAGAGACAAAAUGUCUUCCAGGCCAGAGGAGGAUCUGUCCUGUCCUGUCUGUCACGACAUCUUUAAAGACCCGGUUGUCCUGUCAUGCAGCCACAGUUUCUGCAGAACCUGCCUGCAGAAAUGGUGGAAAGCAAAGAUUUCGCUCGAGUGUCCCUGCUGCAAGAGGAAGUCAUCAAGAAGCAAUCCUCCUCGAAACCUAGCUUUAAGGAACCUGUGUGAGGCUUUCCAGAGGGAGAGAGAGCAGCAAGCUUCGGUGGGGUCAGAGCAUCUCUGCAGUUUGCACUCUGAAAAACUCAAGAUCUUCUGUCUGGACCACCAGGAGCCGGUGUGUGUCAUCUGUCGGGAUUCAAAAAUCCACAGAAACCACCAGUUCAGACCCCUUGAUGAGGCAGCUCAAGAGUGCCGAGAGGAGCUGCAGAAGUUCCUAAAGCCUUUACAGGAGAAACUGAAACUCCUGCAAGAAGCUAAAGGAGAUGGUGAUCAAACUGUGAAAUUCAUCAAGCUGCAGACCCAGCACACCGAGAAGCAGAUCAGGGAGCAGUUCCAGAAGCUUCAGCAGUUCCUGCAGCAGGAAGAGAAGGCAAAGGUCGCUGCUCUGAGGGAGGAAGAGGAGAAGAAGACUCAGGCGAUGACCAAGAAGAUGGAGGCUCUGAGCAGAGAGAUUGCAGCUCUUUCAGUCAUGAUCACGGCUGCACAGGAGGAGCUGAGAGCUACAGACAUCUCAUUCCUGAAGAACUACCAGACCACAGUGAAGAGAGUCCAACUGCACCCCCUCCAGGAAGACCCACAGCCCAUCUCUGGAGCCCUGAUAGAUGUGGUCAAACAUCUGGGCAACCUGACCUUCAACAUCUGGAACGCCAUGAAGCAGACCGUGUCUUACAGUCCUGUGAUUCUGGACCCAAACACUGCCGACCCAGAACUUGUCCUGUCGAGUGACCUGAACAGCAUCCAAUCUGGAAACAAGAAACCGCUCCCGAGGAACCCGGAGAGGACCAAAUUCUCUUGCUCUGUCCUCGGUUCCGAGGGAUUUACCUCAGGGAGUCACAGCUGGAGCGUGAACGUUGGGACCAAUAAGGACUGGGAGCUGGGCAUGCUGGGAGAGAACCUCCAGACAAAAGGAUGCCUAAAGGCUCAGCUGUGGAGGAUUUCGUUCUCUGAUGGAAAGUUCACAGCGUUCUCCACAUCAGAACCAGAGAAAGAUCUGCCGGUGAAGGACACGUUGAAGAGGAUAAGGGUUCAUCUGGACUUUGACAGAGGCAGGUUGUCUUUCUUUGACCUUGACGCUAACACACACAUACACACCUUCACACACAACUUCACCGACAUCCUGUUUCCCUACAUUUACACCGAAAGCCCUGCCCCACUCAGGAUUAUCCCAGCCAACAUCUCUGUGAGGGUCCAAAACCAAACAUAAGGAAGUCAGAAUCACAGAUGUGACGGAUCUCGCAGGAAUUUACUGGAUGAUGGUUCUAAACCUAAAUUGCCCGAUUUCUCUGUGAUUAUUUGGUUCCUUUUUUAUGUUCUAGUCUGAAUAUUAACUUUAUACACUGGUCUUGAAAUGGAAAAUGAAGAUGCACUUGUGGUUUGUCAGAAACUGAGAUGACAAAGAAACGUUUUAGCUAAUAGCGCGACGCAGAAACCACAGACUGACUUCAAAACCCGAGUCAGAACCAUUACUGUUUGACCCGUUUGGUUCAGAGAUAAAUUCCUUCAGGAAAGGAGCAAAGUGGAUGAAAACACGAAGAUGUGUCGAGAUUCUCUUUUCUAAACUUAAUCAGACCUGAAAACAGUCAAACUGAUUCUGAUCUGAAUCAGCUCACAGAUUUUUCUCUUUAAUGGUUUAAUGAUUUCAGACGUUAACUUAGGAAAAACUUUUCUGAACAGGAAGCAGCAACCAGGAGAAAAACUCAUUCACUUGUAUUACUUCACAUCUGGUUCGACCUUUAGGAUCUCUGUUGGAUACAGUAGUUGACUUUGGAUUUCUACAGCUUCUCUCUGGCCGACCCGUUUCAGCUCCUGAUGUUUGCAGAAACUUGUUUCAAUCAGAAACGGUGGUCUGAUGCAUCCUGCAGAAACAUUUGAUCAGUUGUUUCAGGAGAUAAACUGAGGUCCACGUUAGAUAUGGGGUGGCUUUUAGCAAUGUGAGGUUAUAAAGGAGAAAUUCAAGCGCAACAUUUUUUAAUCAGAGAUGCUUUCCUCUGCAGAGGUUCAACUAAUCACGUUAUUAUAAACUGAAGGUUUAUGGGAAAAACAAAAAAAAAGAUUUGAUCUUAUUCUGGGGAAGGUUUAAAACCUACAGUUUAUCUGCUGGUUCAACUUCAGUUUUACUUUAUUAGAAAAUGGAGAAGUCCUGUAAUGAGAAGAACUUUAUUUUAAGUCUGUAUGUAGAAAAAAAGCUAAAUAUUAACUAAAUAAAAAUGUACUUUAUAGUUUUUAUUAGUAUUUAAAUUAAUCAAAUAAAUCAAAAUUUCUAUUAAAAAACCUUUUAAAUGAAAACAUCUGGAAACAGUGAGUGAGACAAGUCGGUACCAGUAACCGGGUUUCUGUGUUUCAGGCGAUAAAUUCACUAUUCUAAGCAUUUAAGACCCUGAAACACACACAGAUUAUAAAACAACUAUGAUAUGGUAACUCGUUAACCUAAUUAAUAACUGAUAUGUAAUGAAAUUUUAACAAGAACAUUUUGAUUUUAAUUCCUUGAAGAAAACAGUUUCUGACUGUUUCAGGGAAGGAUGAACAAAUACAUCCCAGAGCAUUUAACAAAAAAUAAAACCCAUUUAAAAGCUAAUGUUUAAAAAGUGAAUGAAAAGCAAUGAAUGAAUUUACAAACUAAAUGUAAUGUAGGAGCAGAUGUUGGAAAUCUGGGCUUUUAGGGGUUAAAAUGAUGUGAAAUUCAUUUUAUUGUUGAUGAAAAUAUUUUUAAACAACUGAAACGAGGUGGAAAUGCUAACUGGCAGUGUGCAGCAGUGCUGUUCCUUCAUGCUCCACUCAGCCAGAGAAAGCGUCUCAUUAAAGGGAAGCUGACCGGCGCCUGUUGAACAGAACGGACGGCUUCACCUGAUUUACAUGUUUAAAAGCCUUGGAGCGUGUCUCAGUUUGUGUUAAAUUAGAUUAAAUGAACACUGAAGUAAAUGUAAGGCUGUCAUUAUUUCUCUGACUCCAGAUCUGAUUCUGCGUCUGUUAUUAGACUUUCUGUUUAUCUGAAAAACAACAGCUGAUUAACACUUUUAUUUUACAUCUUUAAAAUGAAGGAAAAACAAAAACAUGUAGGUUUCAAUGCUUCUGGACAUAUUCUUCAUAUUUGUCUUAUUUUUCUAUCGCCUGCUUCGCUUUAUGGAUCUAUUAAAUGUGAAAUUGGGUCACAAAAUGUGAUGAAAUAAUGUAGGACAUUCCUUUAUUUUUAACCUGAAGAUAAAGCCCGGCUUGAUGGGCAACAAACACAAAACUCCGAAACAUGAAAACUUUUUGUUUGCUGAUUUUAAUGAAUAAAAAUCUAACUAAAACCUA